ACUUGUCUGGUGUUGUAUCUAGGAAGAAUGUUUUAUAAAUGGAAACCUGAUUCUUCAGAUAUAUUUCUCAGUCUUAUCUUUAUACAAUAUGUUGGCAUGAGUGGAGGAUGGGCCUCUAAUCUACAAAGAACCCAUUACUACAACCAUGAGAGCUCUCCUGGACCAGGACCCGACCAGGUGGACUACCAUCUAGCACAGAGGACUAGAACACCAGGACUACCACACUCCAGGACUACUAAUCAACCACCCAUACUGUACACUGACUCAAGGUUGAAUGUGACCGGUCAGCUAGGAGAGACGGUCAAGUUUACCUGUAAAAUACUGCACGGACUGGGCUCUAUGUAUGUAUCCUGGACGAAAUUUACAGAAACCAGUUCUGAUCCUGUAGCGUUAUCAUAUAAUAAUCAGGUAUUCGUCUCGGACGACAGAAUCAGUGUUGUGACGACAAGACAUGAGAGUGUACUGAGCCUGGAGGGAUUAAAUGAAUCUGAUGAAGGAACAUAUUCCUGUCAUAUCAACUCAGAUUUUAACAAUAUCAUCUCAUUCAACAUCAGGGUUCAAGUUCCAACAGUUACUCUCCUGGAUGGGUUCGGUAGAGUCGAUAGAUCUCAUUUCUAUAAAGUUGGAUCAAGCUUAGAAGUUGUCUGCCAGAUUCAAAUGUCGAACCUGCCUUCUGACUGGAGGUUUCUGAACCUAACUGAGUUCGUGAUCUGGGAAAAGAAUGAAGAGAGGAUUAGAUCCAACCCUAAACAGUUUAGAAAGAGAAUACUGACCGAAGUUGAGGGGGCAAAUAUUGUGAGUAGAUUAGCAAUCACCCAGGCGACGAAAGAAGAUACUGGCAAUUACUCUUGUACCGUAGAAAACUACAGACGUACAACCAUAGGGCUGUACAUAGUAGAGGGAGAAUUAGGACUAGGAGAAGUCCCGAAACCUAAAGCCAUCUUGAACAGUGGAAUGCGAAAAUCUUCUGAACUUCUAUCUAUUCUAUUUUUCUAUCUUAUUCUCUAAAUAUACUAAAAGAAUAUAUAAAAAUAUAUAUUAUAUAUAUAUUUCUUAUGAAUUUCAACAGCAACCAGCAUGGAGUAUGAAUUUCUGAAAACGAAUGAUUUAAUUUUAAUAAUGUGUUAACAAAACUUAUAUCUUUUAUUCAUUCGUAGAUGUACGAGUAUUUCUAUUUUUUUUAAUUUAAAAUUCAAAACUGAAAUAAUUUGAAACAAUAUAAGUAUGUUUACAAAAGAGGUUUAGGCUAUAAAUAUGAACUAAAUUCGAACUCGUAUAGUUUUAAUCGUUUUUUUUUCUCACUUUUUUCACAAUUUUCGCAUUGCCAAAAUAAAAAACGCAAAUAAAGAUUGAUUUCAUUCUAUUUAGGAUUUGAAUUCCGGUUUAGCUAAUACCCUCUUUCAUUUUUAAAGUUGUGUUUUGUUUCUGAUAAGAAGUAGACAGUAUAUGUGUUUAAAGGUUUGCAGGAUAAUUUUCCACGCAGGAUAAUUUUCCACAUAAUUUACUUUGCAAUUUUACAUCGGUCAAUCUGCAACACCAAAAACACCUCAAACCUAAAAAAAAUCCAAUUUCGAGUAUUUGCAGAUAAUACAAGUUUUAAACGAAUAUUGAUGCAAGAUCAAACUUUAAUUUUUUUGUAAUUCAAGAAUUGAGUUUUUGCAACAAACUCUGAUUUUCUAAUUCCUCCAUCUUUGUUUUAGACUUUGGUAUUUCAAAGUAUGCAUUCUGUUAGAUCAAAUAAUCAAAGUUUGAAGGAUCAAAGGUUGACAUUAGAAUGUUGCAAAGAUUUGGAAAAUUUGAAUUUGUGGCAAGACUUAUUUUUACAAAGCAUCAAAACAAUGAAUAAUACAAUACUGCAAUACAUCCCCCCUCCCUCCCUCUCUGCACAACGUGUUUGUUUUUAAAACUAUUUAAAUCAAUUAAUUUCUUAUUGUGAUAUGUGAUAUGUUCACUGUUGAAUUAUAAAAAUAUAAAUAAAUGAUUACAAUUUU